GCUGUCAUUUGGAUGCUGAUAUGUAAGCAAAAUGGCUAAAAUCAACACCCAGCACUCCUACCCUGCUGUGCACAGGCUGUCUGUUAGGACCAUUGAUGAAGAAAUUGAAAGAAUUGAAAAUGGCUUUAGCAGGACCCAUUCACUGUGUGAGGACACUUCUUCAGAAUUGCAGAGAGUCAUUUCCAUGGAGACAAGAGGCCUCUCUGAAUCCCGCAGGAGCUUGUUCACAGGCACUGGAGCAAUGGCUAGGUUAUCCCAUUUCGUCUUAUCUCUGAGAUCAUGGGUGACACGACAUUUGCAUCAUGAAGACCAAAGGCCAGAUUCUUUCCUUGAGCGUAUCCGAGGGCCAGAGCUCAAAGAGGUGUCCAGUAGGGAAAGUAACACUCACUCCAAUUUGAGCAACUAUGAGCAGCCAGACAAAGUGAAAAGUCACUGGUCCCUGGCCAGAUUUAAUGUCAACAACAGCAACAACACCAAUGAAGACAAGAAUGAAGAAAAGAAAGAGGCUAAGGAGGAGAAAAAAGAAGAAAAAAAGGAGGAAAAGAAAGAGGAGAAAAAAGACAACAAAAAAGAGGAGAAGAAAAAGGAGAUCUUUGUGGUUGAUCCUUCAAGCAACCUGUACUAUAGGUGGCUGACCAUAAUCGCAAUCCCAGUAUUCUAUAACUGGUGUAUGCUAGUGUGCAGAGCCUGUUUUGAUGAGCUACAAACUAAGCAUAUUAUAUUAUGGCUGGUCUUGGACUAUAGCUCAGAUAUCAUCUACAUACUGGACAUACUCGUCAGAUUCAGGACAGGCUUUCUUGAACAAGGUUUACUAGUCCAAGAUGAAAAGAAAUUAAGACAACAUUAUACUACAACUGCACAAUUCAGAUUGGAUAUGCUCUCUCUGUUACCAACAGACCUGGCAUAUUUAAAACUUGGGUUUAAUUACCCUGAACUACGGUUUAACCGCUUGCUGAGGUUUGCCAGGCUAUUUGAGUUUUUUGACCGCACAGAAACUAGGACAAACUAUCCAAAUAUGUUUCGGAUUGGAAAUCUUGUCUUGUACAUUCUUAUCAUCAUCCACUGGAAUGCAUGUAUAUAUUUUGCAAUUUCAAAGCUUAUUGGGUUUGGAACUGACUCCUGGGUCUAUCCCAAUGUGACCCAUCCAGAAUAUGGACGUCUGUCCAGAAAGUAUAUUUACUCUUUGUAUUGGUCAACACUGACACUGACGACAAUCGGAGAAACUCCGCCUCCAGUGAAAGAUGAAGAGUAUCUCUUUGUGGUCAUUGACUUCUUGGUGGGUGUGCUGAUCUUUGCUACCAUUGUUGGUAAUGUAGGAUCUAUGAUUUCCAACAUGAAUGCCUCCAGGGCAGAGUUCCAGGCCAAAAUUGAUUCCAUAAAACAGUAUAUGCAUUUCCGAAAGGUGACAAAGGAUUUGGAGACCAGGGUCAUUAAAUGGUUUGAUUACCUCUGGACCAACAAGAAAACAGUAGAUGAGAAGGAAGUUCUUAAAAGCCUGCCUGACAAACUUAAGGCUGAAAUUGCUAUCAACGUCCAUCUGGACACGCUAAAGAAAGUGCGUAUCUUCCAGGAUUGUGAAGCUGGGCUUCUUAUUGAGCUGGUGCUGAAGCUGAGACCUACAGUCUUUAGUCCUGGAGAUUACAUAUGCAAAAAAGGGGAUAUUGGGAGAGAAAUGUACAUCAUUAAGGAGGGGAAGUUGGCUGUGGUGGCAGAUGAUGGCAUAACACAGUUUGUUGUCCUAAGUGAUGGCAGCUACUUUGGUGAAAUCAGCAUCUUAAACAUCAAAGGUAGCAAAUCUGGUAACAGGAGGACAGCCAACAUCAGGAGCAUUGGUUAUUCCGAUCUAUUCUGUUUGUCCAAAGAUGAUUUGAUGGAAGCCCUCACUGAAUAUCCUGAUGCCAAAAAGGCAUUGGAAGAGAAAGGGAGGCAAAUUCUGAUGAAGGACAAUUUAAUAGAUGAGGAGGCGGCAAAAGCAGGACCUGACCCUAAAGACUUGGAAGAAAAAGUGGAAAGACUUGAAAGCGCUCUGGACAAUCUACAGACUAGGUUUGCUAGGCUCAUGGCGGAAUACAACUCAACCCAACUGAGAGUAAAGCAGAGACUCACCAGAGUGGAAAACAAAGUGAAGAAAUAUGGAAGUGAUUCCUUAUCUGAUGGAGGGGAAGAGUGUAUAAAAACUGAGGAAGUGGAGAAAAAGAAUUAAUAGCUCAUUUAUAUUUUCUCAUUUAAUCUAGAAUAUUUCAGCAUUUAAAGCCAUAAAUAUAUAUAAAAACAUAUUGUAUAUGUGAAAACACUCACAUAUGAUUAUUUUUAUAUGGACUCCAAGAGAAUGGCUUUUAGAGUUUUUAAUUAAAGGAAUAUUUUCUUGUAAAUAGGAAAUUGUUACUUUUUAUCUUGUUUUUAGGAAGAGACUUUGGAUUGUUGUUUGUCUUUUUUUGUACUGAUGACAUGUUACUUACGAGUCAUGCACAGAUUAUCUUUAAUGUGGAAUGUAUAGAUCUUGACACAUUUAAUUGUUGUUUAUCUCUUUCCAUGCUCUUGUCGAAGGAAUCAUGUGUAAAGUAAUGGACUCUUCCAGAAAGAGGAGACAGAUCUGUAUUAAUAAUUAACUAUGCUAUGUCCACACCCUCUACCUUGGUAGCCUAGUAACCUACUAAAUACAUGUAGUAUAUCCAGACUACCCAAAAUCUAUAUUCUUUCACAGCAAUGUUAAGGAACCUAUAAGAAAGGCCUGUUUUAGCUAGGUAAUCCGUUUACAUGAUACAAAAUACCUAGGUACCUGAAUGCCACAGAUCUCGAAAUGAUUCCUUUCUACUGUGCUGUGGUCGUUGGAAAGUCCUUAUAGAGCAAUCAGUGGUGCUUAAUUUGCUCUCAGUGCAGUUCUACUAUGGUUUCUCCACUCCGCAACUGUUAUAUUAACUGUACUGCAUUAACUCAUUCCUAACCCCUUCCAUGCUGGGAUAAUCCUUGCAUGAAGGAAACCCCUAAGGGGUUGUCAGUCCUGGCACCAUUGCUCCAUUAAAGCUGAGAAGAGACAUAGCACGCUCCCCCGCAAAGCCUUCUGCUUUUAUAUAGAGGGCCUGUUCUCCAGCCCCUGGGAUUUCAUCUGGCUUUUAGGGCAGAACUGCUACCUAUAAUGCCUGGGGCCAACCCCUAUUGAAUCAUUUGAGGAAAAUUUUGUGAGGAGGAAGCAGAUUUUUCUGCUCUGAUCCUCCACCCAGAUCUCCAUCUGCAAGUAUUUCUGCACGGGAGGAAGAUCCUGGCUCCUAUUAGGAGGCCUUUCCUGAUAUUAAGCCUAAGUUUUCCUUCUCUUCAUUUUAUUUUAUUACUCCUGUUAUAACACCCCCCUUCUCCUCCUCCCCCCCGAGCCAGCCUAAAGAAUUCCUCUCCCUUCUUGGAAUUUACAGCUUUCGGAUAUCUGUUACCAUGGCACCACUUCAUCAGUACUGAGCUAAGCUAGACAAAAUUUACUCUUAUUUUUCCUCAAGACAGCCCCUUUAGGCCCCUAACCAUUCUGGUUGCUCUUCUCUGAACUUGCUCCCGGUUGUCACUUAUUGUUCUGGAAAAUUUCUGUCCUGAAUUGAAUGGAGCAUCCCAGGUGCAAUCACAUUAGCAGGCAAAAUUAUAUUGAGGAUUUUUACUGCCACAUCACUAGGGCCCUACCAAAUUCAUGGCCAUGAAAAAAUGCCUCAUGGACCAUGAAAUUUGGUUACUGUAGGGCUAGGGCGCUCCUACUAUGUCUGACCUCCAGCUGCUAGUGCCUGUGGGGCUGGGGAGGGAUGGGACUGCCUCUUCCCCUGCAGCAGCCACUCCCGGGGCCAGAUCAGACUCACCUCCAGGAACAUUCCCUGGCUGCAGGAAGCUCUGUGGCUCCUGGCUGGAAGCCCAGCUCUGAAGGCAGCGCAGACAUGGAGCUUCCUGCAGCCAGGGGACAGUGGUGCAUUAGCCAUUGAGCCUAUGGGGCCCAUGCCCAGGGACCCCAGAAAAAAAUCUGGGGCCAGGAUUUGGAAGCCCGGAGCCCUGGAUGCCGAGCGGGGGAAGCCCUCAUGCCCCAACCCCGCUCUGUGGCAGCAGCACCAGGGGGGCAGAUGGGGCAGUGGAAGGCCCCCACAGCGACCCUCGACCCCGUCAGAAGCCGUGGGACAGGGCAGGCCCCCUCCACCCCAGCAGUUCCCAACCCCAUCCCCAGCAGAAUCUGCAGGAUGGGGGAAGCCCCCCGACCCCCAAUGACAGUG